CAAUCAUCUUCAACAAUCUAUUUUCUUAGAUUACGAAAAGAUGUCGAAUAUGUUCUCGAAAUUCUUCCCUCUCUGCUUCACGAACCUUAAAUCAAUGGAUAAAUCAGUGGAUGCGUUCAAGAACUUCAACCAAAGUUGUCAACUCUCUUCUUCUUCAUCGUCUUCAACCUCCGACAAGUCCCUUUCGACACCCUCCACUCGCACCGUCGCCACGAUCGAAUACUCCGAUUCCGACUCGGCUCCAGAUUUCGCCACCGUAUUCGCUUCCCAGCGUUUCUUCUUCUCUUCGCCGGGUCGAUCCAACGCCAUCGUCGAGUCACCCGAUACAAGGCCCGAACCCGAGACUAAAACACCGGCAGCGUCGGUGGCGAUGGAUGGAGGCGUUGCGGUGAAGAAGUACUCGCCGGACCCGUGCAAAGAUUUUCGAGUAUCGAUGCUGGAAAUGAUCGAAGCGAGGAACUUGACCGAUGUGAACAAGGAGUGGGAGUUCUUGCAUGAACUACUCCUUUGUUACCUUACUUUGAACCCAGAAAACACCCAUAAGUUCAUCUUUAGUGCUUUCGCCGACAUUGUUGUUUGCUUACUCUCGUCACCGGAAUCCGAUGCACCGGGAAACCACGGCCGAUGAUACUCUCUCUGUACGCUUUUUCGAUUUCCUAGUAAAAAUUGGCGGUUGUUUUUACGUUUUGGACUCUUCUUGCAUGGGGAUGUUGAUAUCUCGAGACACUGUAAUUUUGGCUGUUUUAUAGCUAAGCAUGCAAAGAAAAUGGUGUACAAGAUAAUAUUUUUUUUCUAGUGAAGUGUUCCCCCAUGGAUGAAUAUGGUGAUUUCUUGGGGAAGACGAAGUUCUUGAGCUUGUGUUUUUUGUGUGGUCCAUGGAAUGAUGAAGUUUUCUUCAUUUUUUUGCACACAAAAUCACGAGGUUGGCUGUGUUUAUGGGGUUAGGUUUCGGACAAGUUAGCUGCUACAUGUCGGGUCCAUGCAGUGAUGAUUGUUGUAAUAA